UCGAAUGUUUACAUAGAAAUAGCAUCUUUUCUCGGACCUCGGUUGAUCUCGGUUUUCUUAAACGCUUCUGCUCAAAACUAGUCUCAAAUUGUCGCCAAUGGGACCAAAAUUAGCCCUCAAGUGUAAUCAUUGCCAGACCGUUGCCGCGGAGAAGUGGUUUACGAUUGAAAAGGGUACCGUACUGUGCGCGGAGUGUCACGAAAAGCACGAAAAAGAACAGCUCGAGCUUGAAAAUGAACUAAAAGCCAUACAAGCAGAGCCGAUAAAGGAACCGGUUCCCACGGAGACCGAAACUGCAGCGCCAGGUUCUCCGAGUGAAAUCAAAACCGAAGUGGAAACAAAAGAAGAUGUGAAAACGGAAGAAUUGCCAACUGACGAAGUGAAGGAAGAAGCGGUGGACGAUAAAGAUGAGAAGGAAUCCAAUGCCGAUAGCAAGGAGAAACCAAUACCUUCACUGAGUCCAAGAAAGCUGAGGAAGAAUGUACGUAAUGCAAGAAAGGGUGGCGCCAGUGGAGCAGGAGGAAACGGUAACAAGUCGGGCCGCUCGAGAAGAUUCAUCUUCAAAAAGAAUCCCAUGAAAGCUCCCGCUAUCACGGUAACUACGCGAACCGUGGAUACGUUGUUUCAUAAUAACAUUUACUACCAGAUAGGGGAUAUCGUUUCUAUGAUGGACGCCAAAGAUAAUGUUUACUACGCACAGAUUCACGGUCUCCAGAUAGAUUCGUAUUGUGAGAAAUCAGCCUACAUUACCUGGUUACUGCCGUCAACGUCCAGUCCGCCGCCGAACGAACGAUUCGAUCCGGCCACUUACCUGAUCGGACCGGAAGAGGAUUUACCACGGAAGCUGAGCUGUAUGGAGUUUGUGAUGCACGCUCCAAGCAACUACUAUCUGGAUCGACACAAUCCGUACCCUAGACCGGAUACAUGGGGACCGGAGAAUACUUCCCAGGAAGAUAAUUCCAACUACAUUUGGGCAAACAUUGCUCAUCUGUACCAAAGCUAAUUUCUGUUCGGAUUUUUCGGCACUGAAUGAUACUAAGCUUGGUUAUUUUUUUGCUUCACGAUAAGUAGAUUAAAAUUAUAUUCGAACUUGUAAACAUAAAUUAUCAAAUGAAACCAA